AUGACUAGAUCAUGGCGCAAACUUACUCCUCGUGAAAAAGUCUUGUCAAUUAUUACAAACGAAAUAACGUGGGGUAUAUUUGUUAUUUGUGCUUGUCCUAUUGCUUUGAUCAUUCUAUGGGCAACAAAUCAUCCAAUCAAAUGGGAGAAAUACAAAGAUCCUGUCCAUGAAAAACGACUCAUAUGUAUUAUUAGCGGUAUUUUUGCUUUUGUUUCAAUAAUAAUGAGUCUGGUUCAAAUUAUUCAACAUUUUGUUCAUAAAUCUGAUAAAGCUGCUCAAAAGCGAAUCAUGCGAAUAUUGGCAAUGGUACCUGUAUAUGCUAUAACCUCUUGGAUAUCUCUAUUCUUUUUCGAAUCAGCUAUUUAUAUGGAAUUUUUUCAAGCAUGUUAUGAAGCGUAUAUUAUUUAUUGUUUUCUAAUUUUACUAACAAAAUAUCUUGGUGGUCAUCGAGGUGUAGAAGAAGCGAUCGCACGUAAAGAAAGUAUUCAUUUGGCAUUUCCAUUUGGAUAUUGUUGUAAACCAUUACCAAAUGUAAAAUGGGUAUGGUAUUUUAAAGUUGGCCUUUUACAAUAUUCAUGGAUUACGCCAAUAUGUUUAGGUAUAGCUGUUAUUUUGAAUUUAACAAAUGUUUAUGGUAAUGGUCUAUGGAAAGUUAAUCGAGGUUAUCCAUAUAUUACAAUUAUAAUUAAUAUUAGUCAAAUAUUAGCUUUGUACUCUUUAGUAACAUUCUACAGUAAUUUGAAAGAUGAAUUAAAACCAUUUCAACCACUUGCAAAGUUUAUUACGAUAAAACUUCUUGUUUUCUUCAUCUUUUGGCAGUCAGUUCUAAUGAGUGGUCUUGCAGCCGUUGGUGUACUUCGAAAUACUCUAUGUGAUCCGGAAGCUAAUAAAUAUUGUCAUGGCUCAACAACAGGAUUUACAGCUGAGGAAGAGAAAAUUUUAUUAUCAAAUGGAUUGAUCUGUGUUGAAAUGGUCUUCUUUUCAAUUGCUCAUCAUUGGAUUUUCAGUUGGAAACAGUAUGCAGCAAAUGAUGAACUCCAAGAGCUCGUGGAACCUCGAUCUUCUCAAAUGACUAACAACAACAAUGAGAUUGAUGAAUAG